AUGUCGACAGUCAAAGCAAUUGAUGUUUCUUCGAUACAUAGAAUUUGCUCAGGUCAAGUAAUAUUAGAUUUAGCGACAGCCGUAAAAGAGCUUGUAGAAAACAGUCUUGAUGCAGAGGCAAAGUCAAUUGUAGAAAUUCGUUUUAAAGAAUAUGGCAUCCAAUCCGUUGAGGUAAUAGAUGAUGGUACGGGAAUUCAUCCUACCGACUAUGAGAGUUUAGCCCUCAAGCACCAUACAUCUAAAUUAUCUAGCUUCGAAGAUUUAAUGGACAUUAGUUCAUUUGGUUUUCGAGGCGAAGCACUUAGUUCAUUAUGCGCCCUAUCUAAAAUUACAGUUUCAACGUGUACUCAAGAAGAAAUUCCGACCGGUGUCAAAUUGGAAUAUGAUUCACAUGGAAGGCUCAUAAAAAGAUCGCCAACAGCUCGAGAGAGAGGUACAUCCAUUAUACUACGAGGACUUUUUGAAUCAGUCCCAGUUCGGCAUCGAGAAUUUAAAAAGAAUAUUAAGCGAGAAUUUGGCAAAGCGUUAGUGCUCUUGCAAGCUUAUGGGGUCAUAUGCGAGAAUGUUAGGAUUAUUUGUACAAAUCAAUUAAAUAACAGCGCAAAAACUAAAGUAUUAGCCACUAGUGGGAACGGCAAUAUAGCGAAAGCCAUUAACGAAUUAUAUAAAAGUUUUAAUACCUUUCAAUAUCCAUUUAUUGUUAUGGAUUUUCGACUUGCGAAAUUUUUAUACGACGUUAACGUAAGCCCGGAUAAAAGGACUAUAUUCAUACACAACGAAAACAAAAUAGUGGAAACAUUAAAGGAAGAAUUGAAUGGUGUUCUGGAACCAUUUCGAUCUACUUUCGUGAACUCCGGUACUGAAUUUAUUCAACUGUCGAUAAAAGAAAAUGUUUUAUGUUUUGAGAACUCAAAAGAGGAAAAUUCUUCACAAAACAAACUUGCUCAAAAUAAAAGUGGAACUUCUCUUAUGCAAGGCAAUGAUGAUAUGGUUAGUAUUAUUAAUAACAUCCAGAGUAAUGAGAACACUAAAAACGAAUUUGAGUCGACAAAAAACUCGAUAAAAUCAACUUGCAAAUCGUCUAAUAUUGAAGAGGUGAUGAAAAUAAAAGCCGAUAUCGAGUACGAGAGCUACGCUUCUUUUGACUUUCAAUCAGAAGAAAACGAAGUACACGUGAUGAAAAAGCCAAAGAUUACAAUGGAAAAAUCAGAAAUCGCUGGUUCUCCGAGAAAACAAUUAACUCAAUAUUUAUCUUCAAAUGCGAAGGAAAAAAGUAACGUCAUGAAAGACAUCAUUAAACCAAUUGAUGCCUAUUUAAUUAACGAUCAGAAAGAAUCUGUGAAAGUUUCUACACCUAUAUCAUGUGAAGAAGAACAAUGUAUUAAAAUUUCUCUCAACGAAAAUAAAGUUGAUAUCGAACAAGAUGAGAAAAUGAAUAUGGUUGUCGACUAUUCGACUAGUACAGUUUUAAUGACUGAAAAAGAUGGUCUUGAUGAAGAUAUUAUAAUGGCUGAAAAUAAUAAUUUUGAUUCGAGUCCCGUGUCACAUAACUCUGAGGCUAUUGUAAUAGAUAAUGAUUACGAGAGAAAAAAUAUCGAGAUACCAUUUGAUAUUCGAAGAUAUGAAUAUAUUGAUAUGAAUCGGCAAGAAUUUCAAAAGGGUAACGAUUGUGAUAUGCGAUUAAGCAAUUCGGGAAUCGAUACUCAAGAUAAUGAAGUUGCUGUAAGCGAAUUAAAUAGGGUUAUAUCGAAAAACGAUUUUGGCCUGAUGGAAAUUGUAGGACAAUUCAACCUUGGAUUUAUUAUCGCUAAAUUGGGCAAUGAUUUAUUUAUUAUUGACCAGCAUGCGUCUGAUGAGAAAUAUAAUUUCGAAACUUUACAACUUCACACCAAAAUCCAAUCUCAGAGGCUUAUAAGUCCAAGGAGAUUAGAACUUACUGUGGCUGAGGAAUUGGUUGCAAUAGAAAACUUGGAAAUCUUACAAGCGAACGGAUUUGA